GCGGAGGGAGCCAACAUGGCCGCCCGCUGCAGGCCUCGCCUGGUCCUGGGAGCCCGCGCGGGGGACACGCCAAGCAGCGCCGCCCUGAGGAGAUGCGGGGCAGAGGGGCUUCGUCUGAGGGAGGAGGAGCCAGAGGGCGGCGCCCCCUCCCCUGGGCAGAGGAGCAGGAGGCGGGGCUUCGCCGGAGGAGGCGGGGCCAGGCGCUAUAAAGACCCGCGCCGGAGGGCCGGCUCCUCCAUUCCGGCGAGGGGCCAGAGCUUCUUCACUCGCGCUUCUCCGGCGAUCGCUCGCUCGCUUGCUUUGUGGGCUCUUCCGCGGCGCGCUCCGACCACGCUUCCGCCUCGUUCUCCUCAGCGACUCUCCUCCGGCGCGAUGAUGAACGGUUUCCGCGACAGCAGGAUCGAUGAGGGCACCUUCCUCUUCACCUCAGAGUCGGUGGGGGAGGGGCACCCAGAUAAGAUCUGUGACCAAAUUAGUGAUGCUGUCCUUGAUGCACAUCUUAAACAAGAUCCGGAUGCCAAAGUAGCAUGUGAAACUGCUGCAAAGACAGGAAUGAUCCUUCUGGCUGGGGAGAUCACGUCUAGAGCUGCGGUUGACUAUCAGAAAAUUGUUCGUGAAACAAUAAAGCACAUUGGCUAUGAUGAUUCCUCAAAAGGUUUUGACUACAAGACAUGCAAUGUAUUGGUUGCCCUGGAGCAGCAGUCCCCUGAUAUUGCUCAGGGAGUUCAUCUUGACAGAAAGGAAGAAGACAUUGGUGCUGGGGAUCAGGGCUUGAUGUUUGGCUAUGCUACGGAUGAGACGGAAGAGUGCAUGCCCCUGACUCUUCUCCUUGCACACCAGCUGAACGCCAAACUGGCAGAGCUUCGUCGUAACCAUACCUUGCCCUGGCUACGACCAGAUUCUAAAACUCAGGUGACUGUGCAGUACAGACAAGACCGUGGUGCAGUCAUCCCUAUUAGAGUCCAUACAAUUGUUAUUUCUGUUCAACAUGAUGAUAAAAUUGGGCUGGAUGAGAUGAGGGAUGCCCUGAAAGAGAAAGUGGUCAGAACUGUUGUACCUGCAAAAUACCUGGAUGAUGAUACGGUCUACCACCUGCAGCCUAGUGGCCGUUUUGUAAUUGGUGGCCCCCAGGGAGAUGCUGGCUUGACUGGCCGGAAGAUCAUUGUUGAUACCUAUGGUGGCUGGGGAGCUCACGGAGGUGGUGCUUUCUCUGGUAAAGACUACACAAAAGUUGACCGUUCAGCAUCUUACGCUGCUCGCUGGGUUGCAAAAUCCCUUGUGAAGUCUGGUCUCUGUCGGAGAGUGCUGGUUCAGGUCUCCUAUGCCAUUGGAGUGGCCCACCCACUGUCAGUCUCCAUUUUUCAUUACGGCACCUCCCAAAAGACUGAGCAUGAGCUGCUAGACAUUGUGAAGAAGAACUUUGACCUCCGCCCAGGGGUUAUUGUCAGGGAUCUGGAUCUGAAGAGGCCUAUUUAUCAGAAGACUGCAGCCUAUGGCCACUUUGGUAGGGACAACUUCCCAUGGGAAGUGCCCAAAAAGCUUAAAUACUGAAUAUGUUGGGCUUCUUUCCCCAGACCUGUUGGUGUACAUUACAGAGAAACCUCCAGGCUUUUCUGUGGGAAAGAGCACCAUUCCCUAAACUGGUCCUGUCCUCUGCUCUUAAUUUGGCACAUUCUGUCCAUUGCCAUGAAUAUUAGUCCUCCGGGGACCGCAAUUGCACUGUGCUUUCUCCUCUUCCUGGUGUGCUUGACGUAUGUGUAGAGCCAGUUGAGCAUAGGCGCUAUAUGUAAAGCAGAAGAACAGGCUGUAGUCAAAACAGUGCUUCAGUCUAAUCCUUUGUAUUGCCCAAAGGCUAAUGAGAAUUUCCUUUCAACAAUGAGCAAGAUGCCUCCCUCCUAAUGUGCACUGCGUGGUUUCACAUAGUCCCUGUCCAGAUAUCUAGAGCAGGAUGGUGCAAUGAUUGGACCCCCCCCCCCCGAUCUCUUGUGAGUGAGUCAUCGCCGCCUUAGCAGAUGGCCCUGCAUGCUCCGCAAGUUCCAUUUUGGAACUCUUGUGUGGUUUUUAAUUGAGGCAAUUUUGGUCCCACAACUCAUGGUAUUAUUCUCUUAAAAUCAGUCAGCACCAUACCUUAAUCAUUUUCUGCUCUUAUCUUCUUGGGGGAUGUACGUAAUAAAGGUUUUUUUUAAAAAAAAAAUCCUAUGCACAGUUUUAGCACUAGCCAAACCUCACCAUCUUUUAUUAAGCGGGCCCUUGGCCAGCCUUGUGAUGUACUGCAGAGAAGUCACAGGGUUGUACCUGAGGUCUGUAGGCUGCAUACUUUUGGCACCUGGAAUUUUUUUCUUUAGAAGAGCCAAGAAUUUCAUGUUGCACAAAACUCCCAGGGUUUAUUUUCAAAGCCAGGUCCAAACUGCAUUCUGAAGUACUGGCGUAGCUACAGAGAAGCCAGGUCCCUUCAGAGUGUAAGUGCAUUUGGAAAGGACGUGGGGGAAAACCCUACAUACUUGAAAUUUUUUUAUACUUGCUUAUUUAUUGUGUUUGGGAUAGGGUGUGAGUACAGAGAAGCCCUGGUCUCAAAUGGCAGCUUUUUAACUUUAUUUUGACACCAUAAAUUCCUUGACAGUACCCAGCAUUCCCUGAUAGGCCAAGGUGUCCUACAGAAAAGCCUUGGGUCACAACCUGCAGGGGGUCUGGCUUGUGUAAAACAGGGGAGGGCAGUGCUCAGGAUAACUGGCCUUGGGAGAGGCUGACUUGGCUGGUGUUGUACAGAGAAACCAGCUUGUUUACCUGCCCAUUCCAUGGCAAGUGUCCUAAGCAGGAAGUGCCUUUUGCGUUCCAAUUUUUUUUCUGGGCGUUUAUUACGUAUGUCUGGUUCAAUUCCAAGUUGAUUUUAAAGUUCUUAAUAAAGUGCUAGGUUCUAUCUUA